GCAUAAAUGCAAUGCAGCACGUUCCCGGCUCCGGCGUAGGUGAUUUGAGUACGAUCAACUUUCACUUUACAUAGGUAGUCAAUUGAAACCGAAAGACCCUACUCUCAUCAAUCACAGAUGAUAUGGACUCCCCAUCAAUAUCUCAGGUUGCUCCGAAUCUGUUCGUAGGGAACGUUGCGAGUUCCAUGAACCGCAAUGUUCUUCGGCAUCACAACAUCACAGCGAUAGUUUCCCUCCUGGAUGGCCCAUAUUCGAAAUGGGAUAGUCCUAAAAACAGGCAAAUAGUCCCCCAAGAGUGUCAUCUAUUUGUGCCUUGCCUUGAUACUUCAACGAUGGACAUUCUGUGCUUACUAGACGACAUCUGCGACUUUAUCAACCUACAACUAGAUCGCCACGGUUCACUGCGCUCUCCAUCUUCUAUUAUCUCAAAGAAUUCGACAUUGAUGCUGCUUCAACCAUCGAAAGCGAUUAUUCGGCGCGAGAGUCGAAUGUAUUGAUCCAUUGUCGCCUUGGGAUGUCUCGAUCAGCAUCCGUUGCAAUAGCAUAUCUAAUGCGGCAACGAGAACUGGGUUUGGACGUCACUAUCGCUGAAGUCAGGGCAAGGCGAAAGGUGAAGCCACGAGGGAACUUCAUGGACCAACUCCAAGUUUGGCAAGCUGUCGAAUAUCAACUAUGGGAGGACAACCAAAAACGAAUCCCCAAGGCUCCCUAUCAGAGUUACCUUGAUGGCCGAGCUGUGAGACUGGCGGCAAAAGGGUUAACUGGUAACGAGCCCAUAGUCCCGCUCUGUGACUGGGACGAAUAUUGAUCGGGUCGGUCGGUAUCUCUAAAUCAACAUGCAAGGGGAAAACGUGAGCUUUGAGGUCAUUGGUGAAUGGAUAUUGCAUCAAGUUUCACCUGGUGCAUUGAAUGCGGGGAAACCUGAGCAACAACAGGAUUGAUUGAAGCUUGAUGAAGGAUGAGACGAAGAGGACAGAGUAAUACACUGAAGUCCACAAGUCCGUCCACGAGGUCCGUGAGGCUUCAGUAAUAUAAAUUCGGAUCAGGCCUUCAGAAGCCAUCGAUCGAUUGAAGAUGAGGUACAUGGGUCCCUAACAAUCGUCCAGUAAAUUAGCAGUCAGAGCGUUAACUAAGACGGA